AUGGGGAUAAAGGGUGAAAGCGGGCGAACCAAGCGUCGCAUGCCGUCGCUGUCCAUCGAUCUGCCCAUGUCGGUGCUGCGCAACAAGCUGGGCCUCGAACAGGAGCGUAAAGUUCAGGCCCUGCGAGCUGUCGCCAACAGGAACUUCUUGAACGGCAUCGGCAAACGAGGACUCCAGUGGAGCCAGUCUGAAGAACAAGGAAAUCUUUAUAAGAAGCCCUCAGUGUUCCGAAUCUAA